AGCAGCAGGUUUUUUUCUUUAUCAACUCGAGAAAGUAUUCUGUAAGAUAAUUGUAUAAAGCAAAAGCAUCGUAAUUGUUUUCCUUCAGUCCGGGCCUGAUUAAAAUACUUCAAGUGAGUAUAAAACUUCGCGCAUAGUUAGUAACUUUUUUCGUUCGAAGUUGUAGUUUGUAUACCUGCUCCUGUUCAUCUUUGCUACACUGCUCACCGGGAUAUCAGUAUCUUCGUCAAUUUCUAUUUCUUGAAUUCGAGAAGUAGUAGUAAAAUUCAAUUAUUAGUUUCUCGUGUUCAGCACGUGCUUACUCAUUGCUUCAAAAAAUAUUUUAUCACACACCUCCAGAUCAUCGAGAAGUAUGUUGCUGUUGCGAACGAGCAUCAAAGCCGGCUUGCUUGCCUGCUGUUUCCUGCUUCGUUGUCCGUUCUCCGCCGCUGCGGGGGUAGGUUUUUCCGGCGGAAAAGCGUCUGCAUCAAGUAGAAGUGGUAGCACUAGCACUAGCCCGCGCGCGCGUGCUACGGACGAGGGCACUUCUAGCAGUACUGCUGUUUUUGACGACGCUAACAUCGCGUCGAACAUCCUUUCUUUUCCGGUCGGAGAAGCGGAAGAUCCUUCGCGGGAGCAGUUGCGGGCCCGAGCACAAAAAAGGCUCGACGAUUUUCGACGCGUGGCUGCGAAAAAUCUGAGCCAGCAAGAAGUCUCACAGAGCGGCGGUGUACUGCAGCAGUUGGCCCAGUUUUUGGUUGGCGCGCUGAACGAAAAGUCCUCGCCGGGCGGCCGGAAGAAGGUGGCGUGGCUGAACAAGGACACUUCGCGCCUCGUUCCCGCGUCCACCGGCGCCGCCGGGAAACAAGCGCUGGACGCAGACCAGACGCAUGUUGCUUGCCGCCCUUGGGGGAGUCACAAUACAGAUGAGAUUUUCCUCCUCGAGACACCGUGGCCGUCCGACGGCCCCCAGAAGUUGUUCACCGAUAAACGGACGGUUCUAAAUGGGAUGGUUCUCGAUUCGGCGGAAUACAAAAAAAAGCUACCGGAAAUGCAACACUGGGUCUUCGAGUUAUCCUGAGUAGAAACGCCUCCACGAGGUGCGUGGACCACCCCAUAGUUAAGAUGGGAACUUGGCAACACAAUAAAUCCAGAAGCUCUUCGAGUCACCACGCAUGACAAGCUUCUCUCUGUAGUGUAGAAGUGCAGGAUAGCUGCGAGGAGGACAGCCGCGGCGUUGCAAAUGCAUCUGCUUCGUCUCCUGUUUACAGCAUUACAAAUUUUUACAAAAGAAGAGGACAACGAGAAAUGCCUCUCAUGGGGAUCAUGCGCAUCCCAAGCGUUGCUCCGUAUGCAAAUGUGCAUCACAUCAACUAUGGGUUGGGGACGUUUAUUUUCCUUAGGAUACACAGGCGAUGUAGACCAACUCGAAGCGUCGUCAUCUUCGGGGUUCCACAAAGACAGGUUUCCGCUGAUUUUUGCCUCGGUCGAGACGGAGAUGCCGGAGGAGUUUCGACGCAGCGCGGAUCUCCCGGAGGAGUUUCGGCGCAGAGCGGAGGCGUUUCGGCGCAGAGCGGCUGGGUAUGUAUAUCCGUUCUUCGAGGCGCGCGGGCUAGGGUAUUAUGUUCACGGCGCCCGCGAAGGCGAACGCGAAGAUCUGGUGCUGAAGUUUUCCGCGUCCCCCCUCAGCUUGGAUUCGUUGCAGAGUCUUGCUACCCCGGAACGAAGUUUUUUUCUUGGUCGGUGGAGCUACCCGCGCAAUUGGCUCCUUGCGGAAGGAGACGGGGUUUUUACCUUUAUCCGCUGUGCAAGUCCUGCAAUUCCGCGUCGGGAUUCUCGAAUUCCAUUUCCUACUUCUCGACCCAACGGUUCCACUUCCGAGGAACGCACCUUUUCAUACUUUUCAUAUCUUUACUCUAGCAGUCCUGGGUGCGAGGCGACUGUCUGCUCGCCCGCCUAAGGGGGGGAAAAAUUGCUCCUCGGGGCUGCACGUCCGUCAGCUGGGGACGAGGAUGAAGUAAUAUCGGAAGUAACAAAGUAAUAUACUUCGAGGACCACGUCGCACCUUGGCAAAGUAUUCUAAGUAUGUAGACUUUAAAUUCAAGGUCGCAAUUUGUUCUUCAUCGAGGUAGUUCUUAAUACACAACAAAACAGCUGCACUAUACGGCUUGCAACUGUCGAUCUUAUUUUUUACGCGGCUUGUUUGUCGCGAUAGGCCUUGUCCGUCGUAUCAUAUUCGUAAAUCGUCAACGUGGAUGAAGCCGAAACAUAUUACAUGCCGUGAAAUCAUUAUUGCGAGAGCGGAAAUACAGAAGACAACUAAGAACUACCGGAAAAAUGGUCCAUAUGGGCGGCAGGACCUGGCGCAAGGUGAAACUAAGUAAAGUAGGUAUGUGGAUGAAAUCAGCAUUUUCAAUGGCUUGCUUUUGUCAGGCACUGGGACUAAGACUAUCAGUAAUGUCGGGGGGAGGCUGGCAGGUACUACAAUGUCAUUGAAGCUGGUUCAAUGACAAUGAAGCUGGCAAGAGGUACAUCAAGCAUUUAUUAGUGGACACGUUUUGGUUUAUCUUUAUUUGCUUUCGUCGUGUAUGAUUUAAGUUCCGUAUGAACACGAAGAAGACCUCCACCACCUCGCGGAGUGUGAUUCUUUACAGACCAAGUAGAGGAGGUGUCCGUCAGCUAAGUGCCCAAUUGCUAUAGCGUCUUUCAUGAUACGCCUUCUGAAGUAAAUGGGAUUUUGACCAAGAUGGACACCGUUGCAAGGGCGAGGACAUGAAAGAAAAU